AUGUUCUCAAAGGUUCUUUGUUUUGCGUCUGUCAUCGCGGCUGUGUUUGGUCAUUACAUACCAAGCCAUGGAGCCCAAUCCGAAGCACGCUUGAUCAAGUACGAUGGUCAUCCAGAAGUAGUUCCCGUUGGAGGAUAUCAUGGAUACGGACACCAGAUUGACUAUCAUACGCAUCCUAAGUACGAGUUCGAUUACAAAGUAGUAGACCACCACACUGGAGAUAUUAAGUCCCAACAGGAGCACAGAGAUGGUGACGUGGUAAGAGGUGCAUACGCUCUUCACCAACCAAACGGCCUGGAGAGGAUUGUCAAUUACUACAGCGAUGAUCAUUCUGGAUUCCACGCAGAUGUAAAAUAUGGCACGCACCACGCCGUCCCUCACUACGCUCCCCACGGUCACUACUAACUUAUAAGAUUAAAAGAUUAACUUAUUAUAACAGGAA